GGGAGGCAGGAUCCCGCCCGAGCCAACCGCGGAGGCUGGUGCGGGUGACGUCACAGCCAACGGACGGCCUGCGCGGGACUUUUCAAUUUCUCCCCGCCCAAUCGGGAAAAGACUGUGCCUAUAAAGACUGCGGCGGCGGGCGGGCAGCAGGUCACUGUCCGUGCCGCCGCGCCGGAGAGCUAGUGCCUCCGUCCGCCAUGGCCCGUACGAAGCAGACCGCGCGCAAGUCGACCGGUGGCAAGGCCCCGCGGAAGCAGCUGGCCACCAAGGCGGCCCGCAAGAGCGCGCCGGCCACCGGCGGCGUCAAGAAGCCCCACCGCUACCGGCCGGGCACCGUGGCGCUGCGCGAGAUCCGGCGCUACCAGAAGUCCACCGAGCUGCUGAUCCGCAAGCUGCCGUUCCAGCGGCUGGUGCGCGAGAUCGCGCAGGACUUCAAGACCGACCUGCGCUUCCAGAGCUCGGCCGUCAUGGCGCUGCAGGAGGCCAGCGAGGCCUACCUGGUGGGUCUGUUCGAGGACACCAACCUGUGCGCCAUCCACGCCAAGCGCGUCACCAUCAUGCCCAAGGACAUCCAGCUGGCCCGCCGCAUCCGCGGGGAGCGAGCUUAAGAAGUAAGGCGCUCGCCCGGCUCGAGGUUCCAUCGCAUCCAAAGGCUCUUUUCAGAGCCACCCACGGCGGCACUCGGAAGGAGCUGCACCGCUCUUCCUCCGCUCUCCAGGCGGUGGUGUCGUCCUCCGGGGCGAGGGGGUGGGAGGGAAGGGAAGGAAAGGGGAAGGCCGCACAGCGGGCGGAGAGCCCUGCCAGCCUUACCGCACGCCCGGUUCAUUUCUUGUGCGGCGCGCACCGCCCUAGGACGGUCGCAGCCUAACGCUCCCCUCGGUUCGCCUCUCCCGGGAACCCUCUUAGCAACCGGCAGCCUUCGGCGAUAGUGUCGCCCAGGGCGGGAGGAGGGGCACGAGCGACCUUAUCCCGCGGUUGAGUCAGUAGGGGACGCUAGGGAUUCGCGGUCCGCAGGGCCGGCUUGGGCUGGGCUGCCCUGGCCGUCGCCUGCGACCUUUCGGCCCCACCCGACCCGCCGGAAAUGUCCUCCCUGUCCUCUCUGGGAAGUCGCCCCUAAGCUCUUUCCAGACUUAUGUCGCUGGAGUUGGGGAAACUGGUGAUAAAGCUGCGGGUCGAGUGAGUCCCUGGCCACUUGCGUAGUACCUUCACCCACUAGUGUUGGGUGUAGUGGUGCUUCGUGUGUCGGAUAACUGAUGCUCUGUUCAGUAUCAUCCAGUGCCUCAUUAUCUCUCGCGUCCAAGUCUUGGUAAAUGUUCCUGGGCACACCUGAGGUAUGUGCGUGUUAACCCCUUUGAAUUUUCAGCAGUACUUUGUUCGGACCUCUUCCGGAUUUUUGCUGGACAUCAGUUGAUCCGUCCCCCAUCUUAAUUUUCUUCAAAACCCCAAUGCGGGCUCAGUGAACCCCUUUGGAGCCCGGUCUUAUGCCAGCGUGGCUCUGCCAAGCUGAGGUCUAUUGCCUGCAGUCUGGGAAGCACGUGCAAAGCUGGUGUGAGUUGCCUCAAGUAUCAACAGAUGUAAGGGCUUUUGGUAAGGGCCCUGCUUUCCUAUCCUAAUCACCUACCUCAACAUUUGAGCUGGCCCCCCGAAGCCCAAGAGUUGCACCCACAGGAGCAAGGGGCUGGGGACGCGCCCAGACGCCACAGUGACGCUGGCUCUUAAAGAACACACAGAUCUUUUUAAUGUGUAAUCAGAACUUUAUGCUGCAGUUUCACUCAGGAAAGGAGCAGGAAGAAAAGCACACUGUCUUAUAGGAAUCCAGCAUUGGAGAAAUGAGGAAAUUCUUCCAAGGAUUGUCUCCCUCUUUCUGUUCAUCUGGUGCAGUAUGAUGAUUGUUUCGUGGUACCCAGGGUUAUUUAAUCACUGAGCCACAUCCUCAAUCCUCAGGUCCUUUUUUUUUUUUUUUUUUUUUUUUUGAGAUGGGGUCUUGCUAAGUUGCUCAGGGCCUUGCUAAAGUGCUGACUUUGGCUUUGAACUUGCAAUCCUCCUGCCUCAACCUCCCAAACCCCUGUGAUUACAGGCAUAGUGCACCCACUGAUGCAGUGUGUUUUGAUGUUGAUAUCACAGUUAUCCAAGAAGAAGAAAUUGAUAAGCUGGCCAAAUUCUGUGGAGUUUAGUGUCAGAAAUGACACAAGCCUAGGUGGGUUAUUGCCUUCAAAGUUGUUCUCACUGAGGACUUAGCACUGAUCCAGCCCUCCAGGAAGCAGGUGCCAAGGCUCUCAGAGCACCACUGCCCCAUCUGACACACACACACACAAAGGUAGAUGGUAAGUUGCCUACAAAUAUGAAACGUUCAGAUUUUCCCAAUAUCUGAUGGCUUCGGAAGUAUUGUAGAGCAAGUUACUUCAAAGCUCAGUAUGCCAGCAACCAAUAGAUCUGCCAAUAGGCUGAAAUUCUACUUUAAUAGGAAUACACAGGUUUUGAUGACACAGCCAACAGUCCAAUCUGGUGGGAAAGGAAAAAUACUAAAUUUUUAAAAGAAAAUUUCUACUUCAAGAAAAUAAUCAUGAUUAGAGAUGUAGCUACAGAUAUGGAAGCCUGUCCUCCUGCUGACGUUUUCAUUGGGUUUAGAGGAAAUGUGAUUGGGCAACAAGUAAAGGACACUGCCAAAUGGCAGGUACAUCACUGAUUUUUGUAAAGCUUUUGGGAGAACUGAAGGAUAAUUUCAAUUUUUAUAUAGCUUGUUACAACUUCAGAUUAAUUUUUUUUAAGUUGUACAGAUUGAUACUGUUUGCAUACAUUUGCCUAUAACAAUAGAGGUGGUAUUGAUUUUCUGUAUGUUCAAGUAAAUUAUAGGACUCCUAAAAGAUUGCUUUUUUUUUUUUAACUUUUGUUACUAUAUUAUUAAUCUGUAUUCCUUAUGUAUAUUCCUGGCUAUAAUUUUACUCGAUACCUUUUAAAGGUAUCGAGUAAAAUAAACACAAUGUAGAUUCAGCAGCCUUAAGUGAAUAUUGGUUUUCCCUUAGAUGGAUAAAAUUUUAUUUAUAUACCAAUGGGGGUGGAAAUCCCAAUUCUACUAGGCCAAAUAAUGACACGGGCAAUUCCAGGUAGGAAUGAAGCAGAGGUGAAGAAAGGAUCUGAUGUCUUGCUGAUAUCCUGUAAACUCACCCAGUGCUAUUUUCCUGGCCUGGGUACAAUUGUGCAGCAGCAAAUGAAUGGUAGACCUGGGCCUCACCAGCCUCCAUAACCCAGGCCACUCUCUGAGAGCUAGAUCCUGGUGGUAUUGUUCUUUGCUUUUGUCCACAGCAUGGGACUCUUCCUGGAAGACAUCCUGAGAAACAGAUGAGUUCUGUGUAGAUAUUUGAGAAUUAUCCAGCCCAAAGCCCUCGAAGUUCAAGCUACUGGGCAGCAUUGAACCAAUGGAAGACAGAACAUCUCCCUCUCGCCUCCCCUGAUGGCAACUGCAAGCCCCAGAAGCUGUGAGGACAGGAACGAAUUAGCUCAAGAAAGAAUUCCUGCGCCAAGUGAGUGGAAGUCAGGACUGGUCCUGUUCAACUAGAGCAGUGAGCCGGGACUUUGCAGAUCUGUACCCUCUUGAUCACUGUUUAUUUAAAACCAGUGUUUCUGUGUUGUUUUGUCUCAACACAGUUGAUAGGUAAAACAUAAGAUUCAUGAGACUUCACAGAGGGGAGAAGAAAUGAGCAGAAACAUUUUUGAAAACUUUGCCUUUCGGAAGGAGUGUGAAACAAAAGAAGAGAACGGUGGGGGGUGGCCUCUCCUAAUGGGAAGUCCCCAGGUUUCAGUCCUUAGUCUUGCAGGGAUUUUCAGAACAGGCACUGUUGUGGGCUGAAUUAUGCACCUACCCACCCUCCUGUUAUUUGUAUCUUGAAGCCCCACCCACAAUACCUCAUAAUGUGACAGUAUUUUGAGAGAGAGCCUUUAAAGAAAUGAUUAAGUUAAAAUGGUCAUUAAAAGUAGGCCCAAUACAGAAUGACUUGUGUCUUUAUAGGAAGAGAGGGUUAGAACACAAAGGGAUGACCAGGUAUGUGAGGUGGCGAUCUAUAAGCCAAGGAGGGAGGCUAAGAAGAAACCAAACUUCCCAAUACAUUGUGAUUUUAAACUUCCAGCCUCCAGAACAGGGACAAGAUAAGUUUCCAGGGUUUAACCCCCUAGUCUGCAGUGCUUUGUUGUGGUGGCCUGCCGUGGUCUGGAUAGUUUGAGAUAUGUCUCCCAAAGUUUCACGUGCUGGAAGUUCUGUCCUCCAAAGGUUCAUAUUGGACCCAAUAUGGACAUGUUGAGAGGAGGUGGAAACUUUAAGGGGUAGGGUCUUGUAUAAUUAGUUCGUUAAUCAUCCCUUCAGAUAAUUAGGUCAUUAACUUCUCAGAAGGAAUUAAUGUUAGUCUCAUUGAAUUAGUUCUAGCAAGAGCUGGUUAUAAAAUUUAGUGAAGCCAUCCCACAUAUUUGGCCCUUCUGCAUGUGGCUGAUUCCUUUUCUGCUUCUCCACAAUAUUAUGACACUGCCAGAAGGCCAGUACCAGAUCAUUUGGGCCCUCCAGCCACCAGAAUCGUGACUCAAACAACUUUAUAAAGAACCCAACCCCAGGUAUUUUGUUAUAGAAAAUGGACUAUAACCCCAACAAAUUAAUUUAGGCCCCAUGGUCUCUUUUUAGGGCCUCACUGUCUAGAGUGAUGGGAUCUUUGGGACCUGUACUCAAUUAUAGGCAGAAGCAGCAGCAAUGACUUAAAAUGUGUAACAACAGCAUCUUUAUACUCAGCAUCUCAAUCAUUGAAAUUUGCUUUCAAAAAUGCAGCCCAAAGUUCUCAGAGGGUGAAUAACUUUCCAGUGUGGUAGAGCCAUUUAGUGGCCUGACAUUCCAUGUCAGGGCCUUUCCACCCCAAGAAUCAUUUACUCUGAACUGAAACUAAGGCAGAUUUAAAAGCAAGAUGCCAACCAACUUAAAAUGCUAAAGACACCCAAGACCCCCUGUGGUUCUGGGAUUUGAGGACAGCCGGUACAUGUCAUGGUUAAGGUAGCUCACAGGUCCCUAACUUAGUAGAAAGAAACAUGCCUUGGCUUUAUCCUUCUCGCUUUUCUGGCUACUGCUGCCCUUUAUGCUGUGACAGUAGUGAGUGCUCACAGGGUCUGUAAGGGGCCUGAUGACAGAAGUCAGAGACAGGAACACUGGCUAGCCCAGGCCUGUCCUUUCUUGGCUGGUAUGAGACAAUGGAAGCCCUUCAUGCUUAAUCUUUUCUGGUUUCCUGUCAAAAGUGAGCCUUUGAGAACAGGCCUUGGCCUCGUGUUUUCUCCCAAGACUGCCACAUAACACAGGCUCUGGGCUUUACCAUGAAAGAGCUCCACAGACUCUCCCCGUGGCUCCAUAAGAGGAGGAAACAAAGGCGGUGCAGAUAGCUGCGUGUGCACCCACUUAGGAGGAAGAGCAGCUGACCCACCACUCCCCCUCACCCAGCCUGGGGCCAGGCCUUGUUAGGACACUGCUGGCUUUUUGGGCAGCCGUCUUGGGCAUUUGCCCAACAGAGCCAGGCUACCCAAUCUAGUCCUCACUAUGGUCUGGGAGGGCUAUGAGGAAUUCACCAGUGCCUUUCACACGCAGUUUAGUGACAGCAUUUCUGGUAAUCGGGCAAAGAUGACAAUUCUACUGUUCUUUGAAGGCCAAACUUCCUAGGCCUAAUAAAACUUUUUUGGAAUGUUUUUAUUGGUUGGAGAAUCUAGGGCAAAGUAUUACCCAUUUUUUUAAAUGUUAAAAAAUGUUUGGAUAAAAAUUCUAACAUUUCGGGUACAUAAGGAGUUUUCUACUUUCAGAAUAGUCUUAAAGAAAAUCAAGCAAAAAGCAAUUCACAGCCUCUUGAAUAUUCUCCAGCUAUAGGCCUGCUUCCAGAAAAUCUACCAUAGAAUUGGUACUGUAAAUUGAAUUGUAGCUGAGUUUUUGAUAGAGCUGAAGGUGGCCUCAGCUAAGGUAGUGGUAGUAGUAGACAGAUGAAGUGGUGAAUUUGAGGGAGUUACAAAAGAUUGACUCAAUAAGAUUUGAUGAUUUAGGCAUUUGGAGAAGAAAGAAGAAGGAGCUUCUAGCCUUAGCAGCUAGGAGAUAGCAGUAGAUUAUACUGAGGUGGGGAAUGCAGGGGAAAGAAACUGCUUUUAAAACCAAGAAGAUGCAUGAAGAGCUGGGUGCAGUGGUGCACACCUGUAAUCCCAGAGGCUCAGGAGGCUGAGGCAGGAGGAUCACAAGUUCAAAGCCAGCCUCAGCAACUUGGCAAGACCCUAAGCAACUUUGUGAGAACCUGUCUAUAAAUAAUAUAUAAAAAGGAGCUUGGAUGUGUCUCAGUGGUUAAGUGUCCCUGUGUUCAAUUCCCAGUACCCCUUUAUGCAUCUUAAAAAAAAAAAAAAUGCAUAAAGUCCCUGUUGAAAUUCAGGAGGACAUACCCACUGGGAGUUAGGAAUAUUAAUCUAUAAAAUAAGGAGAUUCAGCUGGACCUGUUUGUGGGCAAGUCCUGUACAGAUAACAGAAGGCCGGGAAUUGGAUGAGAUCUAGCCAGAGGUCUCAGAGAAAAAAAGACUGAGGCUGACAUCCUGGGCAAACAGGAGUAUUGAUGUGAGAUGGUAGAUGAGGAGAAUGCCAGGAAGCAGAAAGGAUAACUGGAAAGGGAUGAGGACCACCAGGAGAGAGUAUAUCCCAAGGAGGCAGAGGGCCAUAUUGUGCAUUGAAGUUCAGAAGUAAGAAAACUUAUGGGGCUGGGGUUGUGGCUCAGUGGUAGAGCGCUCGCCUGGCAUGCACGAGGCACUGGGUUCCAUCCUCAGCACCACAUAAAUGUAAAAUAAAGAUAUUGUGUCCACCUAAAACUAAAAAAUAAAUAUUUUUUUUAAAUAA